GCCGCUAUACUUAGUACUAUAAUAUUAGAGCUCCUAGUAACAAAAUUUUCUGUUUGUGUAUCAAAAACCCAGCUUGGGUUGAAAUUUUUUCUGUAACAGAAUUCAUUUUUUAAAUGGAGUGGGGUGACCUUUACCAAGUGGGAAUUGCACAUGAAGAUUACCAAGCUGGAGAGAAUCGCAUUUUACAAAGUGAAGGACAAGACUACUAUAGGCCAAUGUAUUCCAUGGGAGUUGACAAUGUCCAAAGACCUACCUUAUACAUACCAGCAAUUGCUAGUCCACAUCCAAGAGGGUACAUGGCCAAUACAUAUCAGUCUCCUUCUGGUACAAUGGCGAAUGCAGCUAAUCUUCUGCAAGCUCAAUCAAAUUAUAUUCAGCAGCCACAGUUUGAUAAAAAUAUGAGCUUUGGAAGUCAUUUUCCAGCCACAUACUAUCUUCAAGAUUCUAGGGAACCAAGCACGGACAAUGUCCACAAUGAAGUUCAAAAUGGAAGUCUUUACCAUCCGAAGAAGAUUGAUGUAAGUUCUCUUCCCCUUGGCUGUGGAGGUAACAAUGAAGAUAGAUAUCAACGUAAUGUUUACAAUUAUGGACUUAGCAUGGGUGGCCAGACUUCGUCUUACAUUGAUUUUAGAAGGACUAAUGGUGCAUUUCACAAUUGGGACUCUAGUUUAGGAGGUCUUGGAGAUGCAAGUUAUGUAAAUGCAGAUCAUUAUAAUUGUCAUCGAGGCCCUGAAGCUGCUUCAAGAACCCAUAGUCACCAAGAGACUACUUUGCCAAAUAUGAAGCAGGUUAAUUUAUAUGGGAUCAGAUCAGAAAAUGCUACUGUUACAAGUAUCGCCAAGGGACAAAAUUCUACUGUCAGGACCUCCCAAGCUGAAUUGAGCGAUCAGGGAAAUGUGUCUAAAAUGAGCUCAGUCAUCAAGAAACGAAAUUCCGGGGCACCAAGUGCCUACAAUGCCCACAAUUCAUUUCAAAUUGGUAGCCUUUACCAUCCGAAGAAGAUUGAUCUCGGUUCUCCUCCCCUUGACUGUGGAGGUAACAAAGAAGAUAGAUAUCAACGUAAUGUUUACGGUUAUGGCCUUAACAUGGGUGGCCAGACUUCAUCUAACAAUGAUUGUAGAAGGACUAAUGGUGCAGUUCACAGUGGGGACUCCAGUUUAGGAGGUUUUGGAGAUGCAAGUUGGGUAAAGGCAGAUCAUUGCAAUUUCCUUCAAGGCCCUGAAGCUGCUUCAAGACCCUAUAGUCACCAAGAAGCUACUUUGCCAAAUAUGAAGCAGGUUAAUUUAUAUGGGAUCAGAUCAGAAAAUGCUACUGUUUCAAGUAUCGCCAAUGGACAAAAUUAUACUGUCAGGACCUCCCAAGAUGAAUCAAGUAAACAGGGAAAUGUGUCUAACAUGAGCUCAGUUCUCAAGAAACAAAAUUCUUCUAGAUUACAGUAUGGAAAUAGUAAUACUGUCUGGGCCUCCCUAGUUGGAUCAGAGAAUCAAGGGAAUGUGUCUAAAAUAAGUUCAGUCCCCGAUAGACAAAAUUCUUCUGAAGUACAGCAUGUUAAUGACAAUGCAGCCAAGAUCUCUCAAAUAAAAUCAUAUUUAACUUCUCUAAGUAUCAGGGCCAAAGGAGGCGCCAAGUUGAAUGCUCAUGAAGGUAAUGUACAAACUGACCCUUAA